AUGAGAGAGAAGGGAAAUGAAGAGAGUAUGGGAGAGAAAAAGAAAAAAAUCAAGGUGUUAAGUCAGAAUGAAACGAAAAAUGGCAUUAAUUUGUAUAAUUAGUAGGAAAUUGAAGUUCAACAUACAAUUUUAAAAAAAUUUUGGGGCUGGGUAAAAAAAUUUUUUUGGGGGGGUAAUUUUUUUUGGGGCAGAGAUCUCAAUUUUUGAGCAUGCUUUUAUCAGUACGUUGUUGAGAAAAAUUUAUAAUACGCCUAUUGUUACCGAAAACAAUUAAAACCCUACCAUUUUCAGCAACAAAAGCUGAUCAAACAACUCCAAGAACAGCACUACGAACAGUAUAUGGCUCAAGUAUACGCACAACAAACCCAAUCUCAAGCCGAAAUGCUGGAAGCAUCGAACGGGCGCAAUUCGGACAACUCAGAUUCCGAAUCCGGCCCAAAACCCGCCGAAUCCUACCUUCAGGAGGGCCUGGAGCGACCCAAAGACAAGGUCGAGGACGACGAUGGCGAGGACUCGGAGGCUUCGGAGAAUGAAAUUGUUCAGGAAACGGAACAGUGUAGGUUUGGGAGGUGUGAUUUGAGGUUAAGAGUUUCUUUAGUGGGGCUUGGUAAUUUAAGAUUUUUUUAUUGGGGCGGGGUAAUUUAAAGUUUUUUAUUUGGUGAGGGGUAAUUUAAGAUUUUUUUCACGCGGCAGGGAUGUUUUAAAAAUUUCUAGAAAAAAAUGAGGGGUGGUAUAAAACCUAAUUUUUGUUAGCUUUUCAAAAAAUUGACUUUGGUUUUGAUGCAAAAAGAAUGGCGUUUGGAAAAUGAUUUUCAUUUUUUGGCCGCGUUUUAAAAAUUUUGAAGUUUUCUGGAUUUUACUGGUUAAAGCACUGGUUUUGCAUUUCGUAGUUUUCAGCACAAUUUUAGCAUUUUUAAUUUUUUUUACUUUCUUUAAAAAUUUAGAAAUUUUUUUUAUUUUUCACUAUCACUUUUUUUACUUAUUUGGUCGAAAGUUUGUAGAAAAGAAGGAGAAUAUGUUUUUUUUGUUUUUUUAUGGUUGGAAAUUUAAUUUUUUGAUAAUAAAUAUGUUCUCUGCUGAGUACUGUGGGGUAUAUAAAUGGCUCUUCUAUAAACUUUUUGACCGCACUUUAACUUUUUUCAAUAAUGCACAGGUUUUUUCAACUUCUAUCUUUUAGUGCCUUCCAUCCACGGCCAAAUGGGCCUUUUCUGCCACUGUAAGCAUAUUUAGUCAGUCAGUGUGUUUCUGUGUAAUUGUACUUGGGUGGUAUUGGUGGUGUGGCUAAAAACUUUUUGGCGUGUUAUAUAGGUCUUCGGUGUUGUUUUGUGGAAUAAUUUUUAAAAAUAUUUUUUGGGUUUUUGAUGCGAAAAGAAUGACAUUAUCUGCCUUUUUUUAUUUUAAAAUCUUUUUUGCUUUUGAUGCAAAAAGAACGGCGCAUAUUGCUUUUUUUAAUUUUUUUUUACAAAUUUUUAAUGUUGAUGUGAAAAGAAUGGCGCUGCUUGAACAUUCUUGAAAUUUUUUGAUUUUGACGCAAAAAGAAUGGCGCAAUACUGAAUUUUUUUUAAUUCUUUGGUGUUUUAGCCUACUAUAAUUUUGAAGUUUAAACAGCUUAUUGUAGUUCCGUAAUUUUGGUUUUUAAUUCUACUUUUGGAUUAUCGUAUUUUACCUUUCAGCAAACCCCCAAAUCGACCCAGCUUCGUUGUGGAACUCGAAAGGCAUCGAAGAAUUCAAAAACAAUAUCAAGAAAGAAGGUCCCGAGGGCAUAAUCAAAGUGGGCCAUGGUGAGACCGUAACCGUCCGAGUACCAACCCAUGCCGAAGGUACUCAUUUGUACUGGGAAUUCUGCACCGACUACUAUGAUAUUGGCUUUGGUGUGUACUUUGAAUGGACCGUAGCCGAAUCGAAUCAAGUCACGGUUCAUGUGUCGGAAUCGGAUGAUGAAGAAGACUACGAUGAAGAAGCCGAAGCAAUUGCGGCCGCGGCUUCAACGCCAAACGACGUUGAGAGUGGAGCACCGGCCACGGCUGCACCAAAGCCAAGAGAUCCGAACAAGCCUCGGAUUGAUGAGGUUAUUCCAGUUUACAGAAGGGAGUGUCAUGAAGAGGUGGGUGAAUAUUUUUAUUGGGGUAAGGGUAGGUAGGUAUGGUAGACUAGUGUAAGAUGAUUUAGGGCAAGGCAGAUGAUGAUAAGGUAGAAGAUGUUAGUGUACUUAUAGGCCAGAGUAGGGUAGGCUAACAUAGAGUAGGGUAGGCCAGCUUAAGGUCGAGUACUGUAGGGUAGGUUAAGCUAAAGUAGUGUACGGUAUAGCAGGAUGCGGUGGUGCAAGACAAAUCACGGUAGGACAGGAUAAUGUAGGCUAAGGUACUGUACAACAUUGUAAGGUAAGCUAAGGUAAAGUACAGUAGGGUAAGGUAGUUUCGGGUACGGUAGGGCAGCCUAAAGCCAAGUACUGUUGGAUAGGUUAAAGUCAAGUACGAUACUGCAUGAUAGGCUAAGGUAAAGUCGAGUAGCGUAAGGCGGACGAUGAUAGGGCAAGAUAAGGUACGACAGGAAACAAUAAGAGAAGAUGAUGUUGGGUACGGUAGGGUAAGCGAAAAUUAGAAUACGGUUAAUCAUGGUUUAUUGGCGGCUUAAUCUUUUACUUUACAUUGUUUGUAAUUUCAGGUAUAUGCCGGUAGUCACAAGUACCCGGGUCAAGGCGUGUACCUGCUCAAGUUCGACAACUCCUACUCACUAUGGCGCUCCAAAACCCUCUACUACCGAGUAUUCUACAGUAAAUAA